UGUGUAAAAACCAGCCCCUGCCGCGACCGCUGGAUUCCUUCCUCUCAUCUUUGGAAAUGCCAAUUGAUUCAAACGGCCAAACGGAACAGCCUGGAGGCGGUGUAAGAGCCUCUCUCCCUGCUGCCCCUCUGUCCAUCCCACAUUACAGGACAUACCGUCUGACACACGUGUAUCUCAUUUAGGUGACUGUGCGGCGCUGAGAGCCCCUGACAGCACAGCGGUUUCCGUUAGAAGGAAAUGAUGGAGAAGGAAAGUUUCUGACCUGACGCCUCUCCGUUUUCGUUGGGACUGUAGCCUACGCAGGAAAACUAGAGAUCAGUUUUUCGUUUUGCGCGGUUUGGUCGUAGCAUAGGCUACUCCUCAUAACGCACAGAUAAUUGUAAAUCUGAACAAUCUGUAUGGAUUUGGGAUUAAUAGGUUCUCCGACACUGAAAUGUCUCAGGAUUGGAAAUGCAGCUCCACGUCUGCCUGUUGCUUUUUAUUAUCACAACAGAUAAAACAUUGGCCUUGUCGCACAACCACUGUGGUGGAAAUGUCAGCCUGGACCAAAAGCCUGCUGGUCACAUCAAUCUCACUUUACCUGGACGUUUUACAGACACCAACAACAGACUCAACCCAUUGAACCACCAGUCUGACAAAACCAUAAGUGUUUCAACUUGCACUUGGACGAUAGGUAUUCCUUUGGGUCAGACGGUACUUUUAAAGUCAGUAUGGUUGGAAAGUGGUUUGAGCGUAUCAGUGCGCUGUGUUUUGAACGAGGAAGAUCAGGUCCUGGAGAGUGGGGGGACGGCUCAGCUCUCCGGCUGUGAUGGGAACAAAGCCACCUUCAGUUGGACAGGACCAGGACGCUCCUCGAAUGAAAUUCAGCUGUUCUAUUAUGUCCAGGAAGAUGAGAGGAAUUCCUCAGAGGACCACACCAGCCCACAUACAGACCAAGACCUCUUGCGUUGGUCUCCGACAGGAACCAGCUUUACAAGCACAGCUCCUGUUGGUCAAGAGGUGGUGAGAGGAACACGAGGGGGCAGAGGUCGCCUCUACGAAGGUCUGGAGUGGAGUUCUGGGCCUCAGUCUGCGUCUAGUCCCUCCUCUCAGGGACCGAGGCUGCUGCCCCCCACCUCACCCCUGCAGGGACUCACUGUGACUGGGAGAGCCGAUAGGGAAACUCUCCCUCUUCCUGAGGAAGAACCAAACAAUGGAGCGGAUACAUCUGGAGCUGCUCACCUCACUGAUGGCAAAAUGUCUGCCAGGCAGAGAACACACCCCUAUUUUCUGCAAACACUCAGUACAGAUACGCUGUUUCACACAUCAGACACCGCAUACACAGAGAAACAAUCAGGCAACGAGCUCCCUCAAACCCAGAUUGCACUGACACAUGCAACAGCCAGUAGCUCCAACGCCUUGCGUGGCACAGAUAUACACAAAUAUACAGACACUCAGACAUCUAAACCAUCUAUAACUGUACAAGCUCACCCCAUCGUGUCCAGCUCCAGCGCCCCACCUCUCACCUCUUCUCCCCAUUUGCUACCUUCCAGGACAACCUGGGAGAGUGGUACCAUCCUAAUCCCACAUGGUGGAGCUGUUAGUGGGACACCUGGAGAAAAAAGACCCCAUUCCUGGAGGAGCCAGCGAAGCACCGCCAGACUUAACUCUGAUCUGACCUCCGCCAUCACCUCUGAUCCUUUAAAAUCACCCACCGAACUUCAGCAGGAUGACUCAAGCAGCGCUCACACUGAUACUGAACCCACUGCGUCAUCAUCGUCAUCCUCACACGGCUCCAGCUGGACUCCUUCGUCCGCCACCCACAUCACAGGGCAUGACACAACUUUUGAUGCUGUCGAGGCUGCUUCAUUUCAUCCGAACAUUAGUCGAACUGACUCAUCUCUAUCAGCCGCAUCAGAUGUUAACAGUCAAACUGCUGCGCUUGAGUCUUCUGAUAAAUUCGAAAACACGGAGAUGCUUCACACUUUCACUUCUUCCACGCAGAGUCAAACAAACUCUCCACGAAGCACAGAGAGCCUCACACACUCGCCACUCCCUGACACGUCCUCCCCAUUCACACAGAUAAGCAACAAAGAGACACAAACAGCAACACAAAGUACACACAGAAAUGUUGUUAAUGCAUACAUGACUACUAACACUAUCUCCUACUCGCCUGACAUUACCAAAGUUGAUGACCGGACUUCGAGUUUCCCCGGUCCUUCUUCUUCUACACCAGGAGCAGCUCUGACGCUGGGAGAUGUAGUCCAGAACUCCGCCCCCACAGGAGCCACUACUGACACUGAAACAUACACACUGCAUCCCACUUACACACUCUUACAUGACAGCUCGUCUACAGAUUCAUCGACUCCUGUUCCUCUUUUGUCAUCCAGUUCAUCCGUACACUCAUCCACCCCUUCAUACACGCUUCAAACACACACUACUUUUCCUGGUAGUUCACAUUUAACGCACACACCCCCGCCGUUCCUCUCCACUACCACUGAAUCCGCCGGGCACACAACCCUGAACAGCCAUAAAAACACACCUAAACCAUCACAAACUUCAACAAUCAAAUCUGUAUCUUCACACACACCUCAUACACAGAACCACCUGCCUUUGGCGUCUUCUACUGAUGUCCCAGUUAUGCAUAAACCGACCCACAACUAUAUUACUACUACACAUACUUCUCUGCUCUCACUCAUAACUGCAAAAUCAGAUAAUGGAGAUAGAGAGGUAGAAGUAGUAAAAGAGGAUGAGUCUUGGCAAUGGUUUCCCAGCAGCACAACCACACAAACUCCCACCGCUGGAUCUCCAUCCGGGACAACCCAACACCCCAGCCAAGAGAACCAUUUGGCACUCACACCUUCUGUUUUAACCUCCACUUGGAGCUCCACAACUAGUCAGACACCCAAGUUCUACAUUGUGCCAAACCAACCUACAGCCAUCAGAGUGGAGUCCAUUGAGCUGCUGCUGCAGAUCAUUGUUGGAGAAUCCAGGUCGUCUUUAACUUCAGGUUUGGAGGAAGACACCACUGCCUGGGUGGAGCCGUACCUCCAGAAAGCUCCGGGGUUCAGCAGACUGCUGGGAGUCUGGAGCAGUGGCAAUGCAGUGCAGAGUCUGGUGGAGUUUAAAACCAGCGGGGCUCUGCAGUGGCUCAGCAUGACCGGACCCACAUCACUGAUGGAACGAACAGGACUAGCUCAGGCGGUUUGUGACGGGAGGAGCUUCAGAUCAUCCAAGAUCACCAACAUCACUCUGGGAGGUCUGCAGGGUGAUGUGUGUGACUGGUUACUGCAGUGUCCAGCAGGCUACAAGUGUGUGUUCCAGCCUGGCCCUUCAAACUACAGCUGUUCUUCUGUCUGCCACUUUGACUACUGCCACCACCAUGGCAUCUGUACUCACCACCCGGGCCAACGUCCAGUUUGCCACUGCCUUGUUGGAGAGGACUUCUGGUACAUGGGUCAGAGGUGUGACAUGAGGAUGACUCGAGUGCGGCUCGUGGGCGCAUGUCUUGCCAUCUUACUCAUCAUGGUGACAGUGAUUGGUGUUUUGGCUUUUGUGGCAGUGCGACGUUACCGAGCCAUUCUGAUCCAGGCCAAAGUAGAUCAGACUCGGAGCAGCUAUCGCAGGUUCAACCAUUUUGAUGAGCUGUCAGGACGGUUCUGGUUGCGUUCGUGGGCAGGAUCAGCAGACUCACUAGAUAAUCCCGCCUUUACACGCUCCGAUGAGUUACUGCACCUGCGGGCGCUCGACCGCCCCUGCUGUUACCACGACGACACGCUGUCACUGGCCUCCACCUGCGCCAGCCACGGAACACGCAUCAAUACAAUCUACCCCCACAGCUCUCAGUAUGGUUGGAGGGGAAGCGAGAUGAGCAUGGGGGAUGGUGUGUUGGACUCAGGUAAGGCCAGUGACCUUUCUGUCUGUAGCUGGCCUGUGGAACCCAUUCAGUGGACUCCCUUCCCACUUCUGCAGCAACUGGCUUCCCACAGGACACCCGCAGUGAGGGUGUCGAGGCCACGGUCCUACUGUGAAGGCAUGGAGCUGGUAGACCUGGGGAAGAGCUGGACUGCUUGACACUCAUAAAGAAUAAUCAAUCCAAUGUUGACACUGGUAUUUGCAGCUCAUUUGUUCAUUGUAGACCUCAAAUGUUCUUGUUUUGUUGAUAAAAACUUUAAAAAAUAAGUGUAAAUGUGUAUAUAAGUGUAUAUUUUGUGUUAUGUUGUUGCUACGUCAUCCAGUUUGAAUAUCCAAUCUGUUUCUUAUAUGCUCACUCAGAUAAGAUGUAGGAUAUACUGUAAAGUAUGAAAAACAAAGAUGCAAUCUAAAUGUCUGUGGCACCGAAUCUUAUAUAACGCUUUAAUAAAUAAAUCUUACUCAGGGCAAGAAUAAA